AUGGUUGCUGGUCGGCUGCGAACAGCGAAGAUUGCUCAGACCACAAGGCCUUAUCCGUUUCGGUGAGAUCUUUCGCCUUUCUUCGCUGAAUUUCUCGGUAACAAGCAAACUUCUUUUUUAAUUUUACCAAAGGACUCUUCUCCUUUUUGUCCUUCCUAAAUUCACAUUCUUAUUCCUUCUGGAACUUUAGUUAAGAUACUAAUGCUUAGUUUCACUUGAAAGACUGUAUCUUUAAAAACCCUAAUGUGAUUAUCAUAUUUCUUAUCAUGUGUCAAAACAUCUUGCUUCCGCUAGAUAUCAGAGGCUGCAGUUCAACUAUCAUGAUCUCAUCACUUUCCCUUUUAGUAUCUGCACUGGAUUUAGGUGCGAUAUUCUUCACUGUACGAAUGCUGCAGAGAUGUUUCAGAGACAAAAAGAAGCAAAGGUUUAUUAAAAAGUGUAAAAUAUUGGGCUCUUUUCAGUGCGUUUGUCAAGUCACAAUUCUUUUCUCGGAUGUCACAGAAUCAUGGAAUGGUUUCAGUGUUCAAGGCAAAGAUUCCUGCAAUGUCUUCAGGGUGUUGUCCCUUUUUAUGACGUUCUUCCAAACUGGCAACUUAACGGCGAUCUUAACAGUCUAUCAUGAACACUCUGUAGGAUACGAGAACCGGGAUUUAAAUUCAAAUCUCCGAAUGUUUGCGGUGCUCAUUUUGGGUUUCGCUGGCUCUUUAAUGAUAUGGUGGCACAAUUGUUUCGCUAAAGCAGCCGUUUCUCAAGCAGCCCUCGAAGUUGCUUUGUUUCUGACGAUGUUACUGAUUUUUUUGCUACUUGUUGUGGCUCUGGUUAAAAACAAUGAUGAAGAUAACUUGAAAACCACUUCACCAGAAUCAGACAUGGCGACACAUUCGUGCUCUCUGCUAUGGAAGUUACUUAGAGUUAACAAGAAGCCUCUCUUCUUCAUAGUUUUAAUAUUUUCUUGUUUAGGUGCAUUGAUACGCAGGCUUCCCUGUUCGAUACCACUUCUUUGCCAGGACUUUGA